AUGAAUUCAGCUAAAAUGAUCAGAAAGAAUGAUGUUCAUGUAGUAAUGCUACCCUGGUCUGCAUUUGGUCACCUUAUUCCAUUUUUCAAUUUCUCCAUAGCCUUAGCCAGGGUAGGAGGAGUUCAUGUAUCAUUCAUAUCUACUCCCAAGAAUAUCAAAAGACUCCCUAAAGUUCCUCCUAACCUGACACACCUUGUGAAAUUAGUGGAAUUUCCAUUGCCAACUCUUGAUGACAAGAGUCUUUUGCCUGAAGAUGCAGAAGCUUCUGUUGAUCUACCAUUAGAAAAAAUUCAGUACUUGAAAGCAGCUUAUGAUCUACUCCAAGAACCCAUCAAACAAUUCAUUGCAGAUAAAAAGCCUGAUUGGAUUAUUGUUGACUUCUUCCAAUAUUGGAUAGUUGAGAUUGCUGAAGCUUAUGAUAUCCCUAUGAUUCACCUCAGUAUUUUCUCAGCUGCUUCAAGAGCUUUCUUGAUUGCAGCAAGAGCUUCAGGACCUAUUCCGGAAAGUCUCACCUCACCUGCUUCUGAGAUGCUGGAAUUUUCAUCAACUUUGGCUUACCGGAGUUAUGAAGCAUUAGAGCUUUUCUCCUCAUCUUUCGUAGAAGACGCCUCUGGGUUAUCUUACGCUCAACGUUCAGCCAAAAUAUUGCGUACAUGUCGAGCUAUGGCUUUACGAAGUUGCAAGGAAUUCGAAGGUGAUUACUUGGAAGCGGUGCACAAACUCAUCUCUAAGCCUACUAUUCCAGUUGGAUUACUACCACCUGAAACAUCAUCACUAGGAGGAGAAAACUUCAAUGGCGAUCAAUCGUGGCAGAGAAUCUUCAAAUGGCUCAAUCAACAGAAGGCUGGAUCGGUUUUAUUUGUGGGAUUUGGAAGCGAGUGUAAACCUAGUAAAGAGCAAGUCGAUGAAAUAGCUUAUGGGCUUGAGCUUUCUAGGCUACCAUUUAUAUGGAUACUACAGAAGCCCAGUUGGAGUUCAGAUGAAGUGGAUCCUUUGCCAGCAAGAUUUGGGUUGACCACUGCAGAGAAAGGAGUGGUGCACAUUGGAUGGGCCCCACAGAAGGAAAUUCUGGCACAUCCUUGUAUUGGGGGUACUCUAACUCAAGCAGGCCUAAGUUCUACCGUAGAAACUCUACAACAUGGGCAUGUUCUUGUUGCUCUGCCAUUUGUGUAUGAUCAGGGGUUGAAUGCAAGAUUGUUAGUGGAAAAAGGAAUGGCAAUUGAAGUAGAGAGAAAGGAAGAUAAUGGGUCAUUUACCAGAAAGGAGAUAGCCAAGGCAUUAACAUACGCCAUGGUUUCUGAAGAUGGUGAAGAGCUUAGAGCUAGAGCAAGAGAAGCUGCUGCCAUAUUUGGAGAUAGACAGCUUCAUGAUUCUUACAUUGCUACCUUUGUUGAGUAUCUGAAAAAUAAGGAGUAGGAAAUAAAACUCUGUUCUGUCUGCAUUUUCUUCUACUUCCUAUGAACCAGAAAAUUUAAUGAAUGAAUAAACAACAAUUUGCAGUGGAAUUUGACAUUACUUGCUUCCUCUCAAUGGAUUUUUUUAUAAUGUAUCUACAACACCAAGGAUUAGCCCAAUGUUGCUUGAUUAUACGGGCUGUUGCAGAAAAAUAUCCAGUUCUGCUAAAUCUUAGUCUAAAUACAUAAAGAGGGCAAUCAUAAACUGA